AUGUUUGGAGCUGUAUUUGGGCUGUCCACGCCCCUCUUCAUAUCCGGAAUUUCCUUUGGAGAGCAUGUUCGGUUAUCUCCCUACAGUGGAUGUCUUAGAAACUCGCAAGGUCAUGGGAAUUUUGCUGAUUGGUGUUUGAAUUGGAUGGUGCAUCUUAAUCCUGAUCAGCAAACUCUUGCGGCGUUUAUUUGUUGGAAGUUGUGGCUCAACAGGAAUGAAGAAGUUUGGCAGAAUAAAAUGGGGACAGCUAGUUCUUUGAUAGCUGAAGCGGGUUUUUUGAUGGCUUCGUGGUUGGCAGCAAAUAGGCGGGGUGCCGAGCUGAGAAUGGCAGAGGUGCUAAAGGGUGAUGGAGUUGUUCGUUGGUGUCCUCCAGAGCAAGGAUGGCUAAAAGCCAACGUGGACGCUGCGGUGUACGGUGGGAAGCAGGAGAUUGGUGUGGGAGUUGUGGUGAGAGAUUGGUUAGGGUGUGUAGUUAUGGUUCUCCAGGUCAAGAUCCUUGGUUCGUUUUCUCCGCGAAUUACAGAACUUAUGGGAAUAAGAGAGGCGCUUAGCUAG